CUACUACAACAACAAGCUACUCAAUCCCAACCACACCACACCCGGGGGGCUAAUUCACAACCCCAUACCUCAACCUCCCCACCCGAAUCCCAUCUCCGAUAUCAACCAACCAACCCCCUCCGGGAGAUACUCCAAUCCAACCAAAAUGGUCGACAUCCUCCCCCUCAGCAGCUACCCCUCCUACAUCGACCUCCUACCUUCGAUCCAAACCUGCAACAUCACGAACCUCCCCGAGAACUACUUUCUAAAAUACUACCUGUACCAUGCACUGACCUGGCCCCAACUAUCCUUCGUGGCCGUGGUGCGGCCCAAGAACGGCUACAGCAAGUAUACCACCACCACCGAGAAUGGAGCCGGCAGCGCCGCAGAACAAUACCCCAAGGUAGUGGGGUACGUGUUGGCGAAGAUGGAGGAGGAGCCGACGGAUGGGGUGCCGCAUGGGCAUAUCACGAGUAUUUCUGUGAUGAGGACGCAUAGACGCUUGGGUAUUGCGGAGAGGUUGAUGAGGAUGUCUCAACGCGCAAUGGCCGAAUGCCACCGCGCACAAUACGUGUCCCUGCACGUGCGCGUAUCCAACAAAGCCGCUCUGCAUCUUUACCGCGAUACCCUCGGAUUCCAGGUCGAUAGUGUGGAGAGCAAGUACUAUGCGGAUGGGGAGGAUGCGUAUGCGAUGCGCAUGGAUCUGUCGGGCAUGUUUAUCAAUUGGGCGGAGAUUGAGCGGAAGGAUCGCGAGCGGGCGGAGAAAGAUGAGAAGGAUGCGGAUGAGGGUGAUGAGGUGGGUGAGUUGGGGAAGAAGGAGGAGAAGGAAAGUACUGAGAAGAUGGUUAAGGUGAAGGUUGGGCGUGGGUUGGGAGUUGGGGAUUUGGUUGAGAAGAAUGAGGCGCAGGCUUCUUCUUCUUAGUAAUUUUCCCUCUGUUCUUUUUUUUUUUUUUUUUCCUUUAUAAAAUG